AUGAAUAAAAGAUCAUCCAGGUAAUCUUCCAAAUGUGAAGAGAAAUUAACAUAUGAAGAAGAAAUUCCUCUAGAAAGCAUAUCAAAAAAAUUGUUUAAAUCAUAAAAUUAAACAAAAAUAACUAAUUCUACUAGAAAAACAGAAUAAAAAGACACCAAAGAGCAUGUUAAAAUGAGCCUUAAAGACUUAAAAAAUUUUAAAAAUCUUAGAAUAACUUAAGAAAAAAUAUUAAUAAAUAUUGAAAAUGAAAACAUUUAAAACCAUGUUCAGGAACUACUUUAAAAAUUCGAUUCACCUUUCUGUGGUAAUUGCUUAAAAAGGAGAGCAGAUAAGGUAUGCGUAAAUAAACACUGUGGUAUAGAAAAAUAUAUGCAAUUAAUAUGCGGUAAGUGCCAUUAAGAUGAACAUUAGAAAAGUUCUAAAAAGUCUGAGAUAGAUAUUGAAGAGUAUUUUAUUAAGUUAGCAAAAUUUUUGAAUGAACAAAAAUAUAAUGAAAAAUUAAAUAACUAAAAAAUUGAUAUCGAUAACCUUGAUACUAUUUUUGAUGAAAUAUACAACUUUAGGUAGAAAUUAGAUUAUCUAAAACAAAAAAUUUAGUGUGAAAUCGAGUCUUAUGUUGCUCCUUAGGGUAUGCAAGCAGAACUAUAGAAUACUAUUGUAAAUGCAUUGAGUUUAUUCAAAAAUCAAAAUAUUUAAGAACAAUUAAAUAAAAUGAAGAAUAGCAUAAUUUUUAGUAAGAAUAAGUUUAUUUGGAAUGAUGCAAUUUAAAAGUUCAGUUCUUUUGCAAAAAUAUUUAAAGAUUUAGAAGAUAUUAAAAUUUCAACUAAUAAAAAAAUAUCAAAAUCAUUUAUUGGAAGAUUUAAUAUUGAUUUAAGUUAAAUAGUAAUAAAGAUAUGUCCCUAUAUUCCAGGCAGUAGCUAUGGAAAUAAUUUUUAGAAGGAAAUCAAAGUAAAUGAAGAAGGUGAAAUUAAAAUACUUUCUAAUAACCCUAAUUAUAACACAUAAUAUUAUAUAGAUCUGCCUCUUUAAAAAGGAAAGAAAUACAUUGUCAGAUUUAGAUUUGAUUUAGCUAUUCAAUAAUAUUUAUAUUUUGGAGUUAUGAAGAAAAGUCUUGUUGAAACUUCAAGUGUAAUUGAGGUAGAUAUUAAUAAUUUUUAUGUUGGAUUUUCAGAUGAAAGCUAUAACACUAAAGUGAUUAAAGGAAGUAACUUAAGUUAUAUAUGCUAAUAAGGCUUAAAAAUAGAGAUGAGAAUAGAUUUAGAAAAUAAUUUUAUUGAUUAUUAUGAUUAUCCAGAGAUGAAAAAUAUAAAUGCUCUUAACGACUAAGUUAAAUUUUCAGAUGAAGAAUAUGUCUUAGCUUUUUAUUUUGGAAAUUUACAUAUUACUAUUGAAAAUAUUUAGGAAGUUUCUUCACUAGAGGAGAUAAGUUGA